GAAGAGAAACCAAAGCGGCGAAAACCUUAGAAUCUUCAAUCGGAGAACGAAAGCAAGCAACCAAAGGUUUUUGUUAUUUGAAACUUGCGAUGUUGAUGCUCGCUUCUCUAGAGAUGAUUUUGAUAGAGUGAGAAAGAAGCUUCUAACUCUGAUCUGGAGUUUUACAGGCUUAAUCUAGGUUUUUGAAGAAGUGAAGAGAAAUGGCGUCGUCGUCGAAUUCUCCGUGUGCAGCUUGCAAGUUCCUACGGCGGAAAUGCACACAAGAAUGCGUGUUCGCACCCUAUUUUCCCCCAGAUCAGCCGACAAAGUUUGCGAAUGUGCAUAAGGUUUUCGGCGCAAGUAAUGUUGCCAAGCUGCUUAACGAGCUCAACCCAACACAAAGAGAGGAUGCCGUGAACUCUUUAGCGUACGAGGCAGAAGCGAGGCUUCGCGAUCCAGUUUAUGGAUGUGUGGGUCUUAUCUCAGUUCUUCAACAUAGGCUGAAACAAGUCCAGAACGAUCUCACCAACGCAAAGAAGGAACUAGCAAACUAUAUUGGUCCAUCUGCAAUGCUUCCUUUGAGUCAUCAACACCCACACCACCAGCUCCUGCACCCACACCCACACCACAACCCUUCUUCCAACACGGGACCCUACGGAAUGUCCCCGGUGGGGUUGGGUAUGCCAGCAGCACAGGCCCAGUUGUUAAUGAGAGAGCAGCAACAACAGAUGCUGGAAGCACAACAUCUAGCCGCAGUUGUAGCUGCUAGAGAGCAACAAGAGAUGAUGAGAAGCUACGCCCAGCAACAACAACAGGAGGAGCUUGUCAGGUUUAAUGGCGGCUUUGAUGGGUCUACCGGGACUGCCAUUGGGGGAGUUAGUGGUGGUUUUAAUCAAAUGACCGCAGCGUUACCUUCUUCCUUAGCUUUGGCUUCAUUCGACAACCCGUUUCAGGUCCAGCAACCUCAACAUGAACACCCGCAGCAGAGAGCAGGAAGCGAUGAGAUUAAGAGCAGCGUUGAUCCGUCUUCUUAA